AUGCAAGACCUCGUAUUGAAUAAGCGCCGAAAUGAGGGCAUCCCGGCGGAAUUGAAACGCUGCAGGAACUGCGGCACAGCAAGCCAAUACGGAACAAAGGGUCGGAACAUCCCUUAUGCUCUCCCUCCACUCUAUUUAGCUUCUGAAAUUGUAACCAAAAGUUGUCCCUCAAGGACACAAUAUGAUUUAAAUCAGAUCUUCAUGCCCGUCAAUCUCUUCUCAAAUGUCUUGCAGGAUCCAUCUUCAACCGACCCACUUCCAACCACCCCAGACCAAGCCAGCCUUCUUUGGCAGAACAUGAUCUGCUUUAGCGCGCCAUCGGAUUUGGGUCCUCGGUCCCGCAGGCGAUAUUGGAUGGGAUUAGCAACCAUCACCCUCGUCGUUCGAGCUGAUGAGCUGGGGAGAAAUAUUGAUGGCUUCGUCCGAGUCAGGUCGUAUGUGGAGAAAGUGCUCUUUCAGCUAGCUUCAAGGCAUUCUCCUUGUCCCGUCGGCAUCCGCCACUGA